AAACCAAUUUGACUUUUCAUUUGUUCUCAUCAUUAAUAGUGAGUGAGUUUCAAUUUAUUUGUGUUUGGAAAAGGAGUGUAAAAGUAAAUUGCCAAAAAUGCGCUGAAAAAUGCAUUUGCAAUAAAGUGUGUGACCGAUUAAAUAGGCCAAAGACCAAAAACGAAAACAAACAAAAUAAAUAAAAUUCCAGUUUCGCAGCGGAGUUCAAUGUAAAUGCGAGACGCCAACAGCGAGUAGCAACGAUGUCGGUAAAGUCACAACGCAAAGCCGUUGCUACGGCAAUGGAGAAUGCGACCGGUGAAGGAGCUUCCCAUAAAAAACCCAAUUAUGGUUUAACUACGCGUGUUGCACUAGCACGUCUGCAUGAUGAUAUUGAAAAAUUGUUGCGUGAGCAUGAGGCCACCUACGCCAAGGAGAGCUACUAUCGAAAACUGCGUUCGGCAUUCGUCAAACCAAGCGAUACACCAUUGGGAUGGCCUGCAAUCACAGCAACGCUAUUCACUAUGAUUGCGUUGCUUAUUGCUGAGGCAUAUCUGGCGGCGAUCUGUGUUGCGGCUAUCUUAUCAUUGGAUUUGUGCGUGGUGGUGCGAGAAAAUCAUUUACGUCGCACCGAAAUCUACCGCAAGACACGCCAGGCACUCGCCGAUAUACGACUCGCUGAACGUGAUCUAUGUGGCGAGUGGCAACCAUGCAAUUAUCCGCAUCUGUGUUGUCCCAUAUCACCUUGUGUGUCGCUGCAGUGGACAUAUCGCGAUGGUAAUAUUGUGAAUUUACCGUGGGCCUUAUUGGUACGCGGUGAUCACAUUGUACUACGACCGGGUCACAUCACACCCGGUCCGUGUACGGAAGUGAAUGGAAAGCGCACAUUUGAAAUGCAUGAAAUAUAUGGCCCAACACAGGUGAACGAUCCGCCAGUACGUCCAUUGGCACGUGCACCACUACCAGAUUUAGUAUGCACAUUACAGACGACGCCGUUUCUGGAUAAUUUGCGUGUCAUUUUGGGAAACUCAUUGAAGCGCCCAUCGACUAUAUACAAUCAGCAACGUUAUUUGCUGGUGACAAAGUAUAUCCAACAAUGGGGCUUCAUAUGUGCGCUCUGUUUGACACUUUUUGCCGGCAUGUUGCGCAUUAAUGGCUUGAGCAGCUCCCCGAAUGUCGGCACACAUCCGAACGAACAACAUUAUUGGAAAUAUGUAUUCCUAGAGACACCAGCUGCUGCCGUUAUACCACUGCUGCCACUUAUCUUCCCCAUCAUGUGGAUAUCAAUGAAUUUAUGGGGUGUGGCACGUCUGCAGUGCUUUCUCAAAAUACCACAAGUGCUCAUCACUAAAGACUCGGAAAAGUCGUUCGAAGAAGAUUUGGAUACACCCACAUUUGAUUAUGACAAUAUUUCACUGUUGCGUUCGAAUGUCUUUCGCAAUUGGUGGCAACUGUGGAAUGGCGAUAGUGAAUUACUGCCACGUUCAUCGAAUUUAGUGCAGGUGCUGGGCUCCAUAACGGCACUUUGCUGCAUAGACAAGAAAGGCAUACUUUCGUGGCCAAAUCCAACUGCUGAAAAGGUGUUCUUCUUACACGAUACCGAGGACGAUCACUUGGAUGAUCGCAGCACAAGUUGUUCAACGUUGAAUACCGAAAGUAAUCAUACGAGUCAGGCGGAGAGUAAAAAUGGUGGUAUUGUCGCUGAAGUGCUCGAUCUAACGCAUGAUCAACACUGUCCGUUUCGCUUGGAGUUCGAUGAUCAUGAGUGGAAAUCGCAUAUCACAUCACUGAAACCGUUGGGUCUCGCUAUACUCUUGAAUACUUGUUCGCCGCUGACGCAUGCGCAUUACGCGCAAUUCUGUGGACACGUAACCGCCGUGGCAAUGCUGGAUAAAGAUUUGGUGCCAGUCACAAAUCGGUAUGCCUUCGUUGACUCCAGUUUGACUAGCUUUUUGCAUGGACGUUGCCUAUGCGAAUUGGCCAAACAAAUCGGUUUUACCGAUUCUGCAACAGAUCAUUUCUCACUCGAGGGACAGUUGGCUUCCUACAGACAUUUGCAACCGGAAGUGGUACGUCGUGACAUACGCUUCGCACGCCAACUCCAGCUGUCUUCCAAAGUAAAGGUACCCUUUCCGCACUCACUGUCGGUGGUGAUGCGCGAAAACCCGGCCGGCUACCUUUCGCUCUUCACCCAAGGCACUGCCGACAUUAUAAUGGAUUUCUGUGAUGAUUUCUGGGAUGGCAAAGACUUGCGUCCUCUCUCAGCGCAGGAUCGCAAGAAAGCGCUCGAUUUCUAUCAACGCAGCGCGCUCACCGCCUACUGCACGGCCUUCUCAUAUCGCCCACUGCGACAUGGCAUACACGGCGCGCUAAGCGGCGCACAACACACCGGCGGACCCAUUGCAUAUCUAGAAUUGCCGCCGGAGUCGAAGAUACGCAUGCAACAUGUCGAUCGUGCCCACUGCGAUUUCGAGAGUGGCGGCCAUAUACACACAAAGCUGAGUCAUAGCAUCAGCACCGAUUCGCUGUUGUUCAGCGAGAGCAAGGACGAUGACAUAAACGAUGUGGAGGGCUGCUUCGAAAUGCAAUGCCAUCAGGUGUUCAUCGGUAUGGUGACUAUGCAGUAUCAAGCUCAGACGGACAUUGUACAGCUGGUGGAGCGGCUGGAGCGCGCCUGCAUACGUUUCGUGCAUUUCAGCAAGGAGAAUGAGUUGCGCUCACGCGUCUUCUCGGAAAAGAUGGGACUGGAGUCCGGUUGGAAUUGUCACAUAUCGCUGUUGAAUGAGGCGGACGAUAAGGCCUCAAUGAAUACGAAUGCGGAUAAGGCCAACACUAGCGGUACGUCCGCGCGAACGGGUAACAAAAGUUCGCAGACAAAUAUUGAGAAUAAUAUCAACAUUGUUGAGUCCGCUCAUGAUCACACGACAGUCAUUAGCACUACCAUCAACAAAAACAACAACACUGCCACAAGCACCAUUAAUAAUGUUUCAUUGCCUCAUAAUGUAGAAAUCAUAGAACAGUGCACCAGCACGCAAAACACCACAACCACCACCACCAUCAACAACAUGAGUAAUCAGAUAAACAACAACAACAAUUGUAGUAGUAUUAGUAGCACGCAUCCCACACAUCAAACGCACCUAAAUACAUCGAAUAUUACAGGCGGUGCAGGCGGCAACGAUAACGACGCCGACGACGAAGGCAGCGACCUGCAUCAUCUGUUACCGCCACCCAAUCUCGAGUCUUCCAAAACGCUAAGCUCAUCAGCACCGGGCGCCAUCUCCAAUCCUGAUGACUACAAUGCGGUGCAGCUGAGCUCAACACCGCCCUCGCGUCGCAGCAGCGUCAGUUGUGGUGGUGACGGCGAUGGUGGCAAAGACGAGUCCCUACACCUUAUGGAUGGCGGCCACAAUGCGAUUGCCGAUGCCGCAGCCGAGGAGCAACGCCAGUCGGAGGACUCUGCCAUGGAUGAGAAUUGUCGCUCCAUGAGCAUCAUAACGGAGAGCACCGAGCAGAGCGCACCCGUGCACUUUGACAUGUCGAAUCGCGCUAAAUUGCCGCGCGGCAUCGAAAACAUACGCCCGCAUUUGGAGCAGGUGGACAAUGUGCCGCUGCAAGUGUCACUCUUCACCGACUGCUCGCCCGAAGCGACGCGUCAAAUGCUCGACAUUAUGCAGUCGUAUGGUGAGAUUGUCGUGUGUCUCGGCUCUUCGGCCAGCAAUUCGAAUGCCGACGUAUUCUUACAAGCCGAUUGCAGCAUAGCUGUGGAGCCACUGUAUCCGCAAGUUUGUCAAGAUAUUGCCGCCUACACUGAGGGCAACCUGACCAACAACAAAUUGCGUCUGCUGCGCCUCAAGAAAGACCUCAAUGGCGAGGAGAAGUACGGCAGUCAUGAACCCUAUACCACCGAAGAGCUGCUCGAAAGCGGCUUCUAUGGCAAUGAUGAGCCACAAAUGCGUCCAAUGCAAUCGGCGGGAAAUACUGUAUCACCGGUCUACUUAAGUCGCCUGCUCAACUCGUUACCCUGCUCCAUUUCGGUGUGUCGCGAUGAACCGUUAUCGCUGGUAGCCAUUAUCGAGUUGUCGCGUCGCUUUUCAGCCGGCCUCUGGAAUUGCAUACAAUACUGGGCUUGCUGCGCCGGCGCUCUGUCGAUGAUCAAUAUCUUGAGCGCUUGCCUUUCGUUACCGCCACUGUUGACCCCAAUUAUGGUGCUCUACUUGAUGAGCGUUCCAGUUCCGCUGAUUGCGCUCGCUUUGGCGCACAUCGAUAUCGAUCCGAAGAUUAUGAAUCGUGCCACGGGCAAGAAGCAAACCGAAUACGACACGAAGGUCUUCGGUUUUGUGGUUUGGUGUUAUGGCUGCAAAUUCAUCGCGCCCAUUUUGAUUAUGAUUUUCGCCUAUUGCACAUUUAUGGCGCAUCCCAUUGAGCUCAUGGACAUUGACGAGGAAAAAUUGCAUAUCAACUUGCAAAUCGCACGCAUCUUCUCCUUCCUCGGCAUUUUGGUGCAUUUCGUGAUAAUUUCCGCUUGCUUCGUGCAUCGCGAUCACUCGCUGUGGCAGCGCAAUCCGUUCCGCAAUCACAUUUGGGCUUUCACCUGCGGCUGCACGUUGCUCGUGCACGUCGUCAUAUGUGCGGUGCAGAUCUGCCUGCAGGACAACUACUUCGAAGAGGCUUGCGGCAUGUGGCCGGCAAUAGUCUUUCUCUAUUGUGGCAGUUUCAUUAGCUUGGCGAUUACGGAGAUUUGCAAAUGGCAGGAGAUUAAAGUUAACACACGCUAUCAGCGCCGCGCGAGGCUUGACUUUGGCACCAAAUUGGGCAUGAAUUCACCCUUUUAAAACACAUCCAACACACAACAACAACAAUAAUAAUAAUUUGCGACUGAAGAUGUAAGCGUUGAGUAUUUGGUAAACAAUCUAAAGAGACUAAUUUCGAAAUCAAAGAAACAAAAAUAAGAAAACGUUGCAAAUGACGCAAUAAAAAAGACCCUAAUCUACAUGCAUACAUAUUUAAAACAUUUAACACAUAAACGAUAAGCAAUUCAAGACGUAGUGCCAAAGUUGCUGUUACAACUUAAUACAAAGCAAAAAAAUAUACAAAAAUACAAAAACAAGAAAACCUUAAGAUUAAACAUAAAUUUAUAUGUAUGUAAUUAUGUGCCGUUAGCUGAAAGUGAAAUGUGAAUGCGCCGCUAACACUGCCUGAAAUUAAAGUAUAUUCCAUCUUUGAGAGCAUAAAGCAUUUAAAGACACGGUAAAUAACGGUUUAUUUUGAGUUUU